AUGAAGUCUUCGAGGCAUUCUGUCGAGCUUGCCAAUGCUGAUAUCUCUCGGUUAAUGGACCCUUCAUAUCAUCCAUCCAACAACCACGGCGUGUCGUCGACAGAGCCAGCCAGAGUAUACAUCGAUCGUCGAGGCCAAAUGCACGAUCCAGAUUUCUAUUAUUUCCCUGUGUAUGAGGGAGCAGGGAAGAACAACAAACGCGGGAGAAGAAUCUCAGAUCACUCGGACAGCAGAAAAACUCAGUUUGGGGAUGAGGAUUUGGAAGAGGAUGAUGAUGUCGAGGAAAGACCAAGGCAGUAUCAUCGUCGUCAAAGUACACGACGACCACGAUCAUCCCAAUCACAUACAUACCCUAUUUCCUCGUCUGACUCUUACACAUCCUCGAUACCCUCUUCUUCCUCCACUUCGUCAUCACCAUCAUCAAUAACAUCUCCUCUUCCAUUCUCACCCUACACUUCCGUCUUUGAAGACAAACCACGCCACCAUCACCAUUCCAUCCUCCCCAAGAAAUUCCGACGCCAUUCCUCUGACUCGAGCUCACUGCCGAGUCCAUUAUCAUUUGACCCUCCUGAAUCCGAUGAUUCUUCAGACGUUGAAUACGUCGACGAGGAUCACGAAUCUUCUGUGGAAGAGCAGGAUUUAUCAUCUCAUCAGCAGAAUGCGCUGAGUUACUCCCAGGCAAUGAAGAAACAGUGGUUGGCUGUUUCUUUGUCGCUUAGGUUCCGGUUAUUCAGGGCACGGAGAAGAGCUAGCAGCAGUUAUUGUUCGAAGCGAAGUUGA